CGCUGUAGCCUGUGUUUGAAUGAAGCAGAGACGGAAAUAUGUGAGUUUGUAUAAUAAUAGAGGGGUAACCGACUCCAUUUGGUCGACGAGAAUCAGAACUUUUGUAUCCCGUAAUUGCACUGCUUGGAAACACGACCAAAAGGAAAACUGGAUCUAGUUUUGCGCUUCCUUGGAAUUUUGCACUCUGCCCUCGACAUGCAGGGUGCGAGUUUUGGGAAGAAACAGUAGGAAUAUGCCCAAGCCCACGACGUAUUGUUGCGGCCAUUAACGAGGAACUAACAACCCAAACUAUUUCGGUAACAUCGCUCGUGGCUUUUAUCCAGGUGACCAAAAUUCCAACGCACUGAAUUGCACUCCAAAUCACGUUUCCAGCUAUUUUUUUUGUUCACCGGCAAAGCGGUUCGCUGUCUCGCAGGCAUUUGGGUGAUGAAUGAUAGUAUUCACACACGCAGCAGGACUCUGGGCAGAGUAGCCUACCGCUGCGGACACCAAGACUGGGAUGCGUAUAAUGGCCUUUGUAUUGUGUAGAUGAAUCUGGGAUAUAUUUCGCAUGUGGUUUGAUGUAAAUGCGCAACGACUGAAAAUUACAACGCUUCUAUUUACCCGGCACAACGAAUUCCCAAAGAAAGAUUUUCCCUCAACCCUUUUUUGCCACAACAGUUGUGCUAGGAUCCCUCUUUGUGUGGCAACCGCACUAUCCCUCAAUUGACUGGAGAACGACUUGGAGAAAGGCUCUUCUCCAUCUCUUCUCAUCCAGCCUCCAAGAUAGAUUCUCUCAGGAGUAAGGUGGAGUUACUGAAGCUGCCGUUAGCUCUCUCCUCCAAAUCCCUGAGCGAGCGCAAGAGUCAGCUGGGCGGAGCCGGAGGCGGCACGGGGGGAGGAGGGGCCCACAAACCCCGCCCGCCAGCCCCAGACAUGGACAACGAGUCGCAGUACUCGGGCUACUCCUACAAGUCGUCCCACUCGCGGAGCUCCCGCAAACACAGGGAUCGGAGGGACCGGCAUCGCUCAAAGAGCCGAGACAGCAGUAGCCGUGGCGACAAAUCUGUCACUAUCCAGGCUCCCGGAGAGCCCCUGCUGGACACCGAGUCGACCCGCGGAGAUGACCGGGACGACAACUGGGGCGAGACCACCACGGUGGUGACCGGCACGUCGGAGCACAGCGUCUCCAACGAGGACCUGACGCGCGCCUCCAAGGAGCUGGAGGACUCCUCGCCGCUCGAGUGUCGGCGCUUCGCCGGGCCGGCCCUCAGCGGCGCGCUGGGCCUCUUCGCCCUCCUCACGCCGCUCGCCUUCCUCCUGCUGCCGCAGCUGCUGUGGCGCGAGCAGCUGGACCCGUGCGGCGUGCCCUGCGAGGGCCUCUACGUCUCGCUGGCGUUCAAGCUCCUCGUCCUGGCGCUGUCGUCGUGGGCGCUCUUCCUGCGGCCGCCGCGCGCCUCGCUGCCGCGCCUCUUCGUCUUCCGCGGCCUCCUCGCCGCGCUGCUCUUCCUCUUCGUGGCGUCCUACUGGCUCUUCUACGGCGUGCGCGUGCUGGAGCCGCGCGAGCGCGACUACCGCGGCAUCGUGGGCUACGCGGCGUCGCUGGUGGACGCGCUGCUCUUCAUCCAGUACCUGGCGCUGGUGCUGCUGGAGGUGCGGCAGCUACAGCCCGCCUUCUGCCUCAAGGUGGUGCGCACCACCGACGGGGCCAGCCGCUUCUACAACGUCGGGCACUUCAGCAUCCAGCGUGCAGCUGUGUGGGUCCUUGACCAGUAUUACAGCGACUUCCCUGUCUACAACCCGGCGUUGCUCAACCUGCCCAAGUCCAUCCUGUCCAAAAAAAUGUCUGGCUUCAAAGUCUACUCACUUGGAGAAGAGAACACCACCAAUAACUCAACUGGCCAGUCGCGGGCCAUGAUCGCCGCUGCGGCACGGAGGCGGGACAACUCCCAUAACGAGUACUACUACGAGGAGGCCGAGAUGGAGCGCCGCGUCCGCAAGCGCAAGGCCAGACUGGUGGUGGCAGUAGAGGAGGCCUUCACCCACAUCAAGCGGCUGCAGGAGGACGAGCCCGCGGCCUCGUCGCCCAAGCACCCGCGCGAGGUGAUGGACCCGCGGGAGGCGGCGCAGGCCAUCUUCGCGCCCAUGGCCCGGGCCAUGCAGAAGUACCUGCGCACCACGCGGCAGCAGCCCUACCACAGCAUGGAGAGCAUCAUCGCCCACCUGCAGUUCUGCAUCACCCACAACAUGACGCCCAAGGCCUUCCUGGAGCGGUACCUCAGUCCUGGGCCCACUCUGCAGUACCAGCGUGAGAACGGCAGAGGGCGCCAGUGGACGCUGGUCAGCGAGGAGCCCGUGACCAGCGCCCUGCGCCAGGGCCAAGUCUUCUCGCUGCGCCGCCUCGACUUUGCCUUGGUCGUCACCGUGACGCCGCUCCCGUUCCUCAACCUGGGGGAGGAGUUCAUCGACCCCAAGAGUCACAAGUUUGUGAUGCGGCUGCAGUCCGAAACCUCUGUUUGAGACAGAGAAAGAAAGAGAGAGAGCAGGAGAGAAAAAGGAAGGAGGAGAUCGUCACAAGGUUGAGGGGGUGGAUGGAGGGAUUGAGAGAGCUGAUAAGUAGAAAAGAGUGAGGAGUUUGAGGAGUGAAAUUGGCGUACAGUGACGACAAAGAAAGGAGGAAAUCUGAGUGGAUGUAGAGGGAUAGAACCACUCUUCAACUCCGACUUAACAUCACAGCAUUUCUCAUAGAUUUUAUUUCUUCAUUAUUUUUUAUCUUCCAGUGACUUUCUCCCUUUUCAGGGGACCAUUUUUUUUAAGUCUCUCCAGCUGAUCUGGGGAAUCUCCAUAAGCUCAUAGUUUGGUCCUUAGUGUCUUCAGAUUUGACCUUUUCCAGGCGACACAAAGACUGGGUGAUUUUAGUGUAUUUCCUCUAUGCUGACUGACAUCACUGUUAUUCCAACACUAAAACAACAACAACAACAAAAACAACAAUACAAGAAAUCACAAAGUACAUUAGAUCAACAACACCCAAUACCCUUUGAAGAGUUCCGCUCUGACUGGAACCAACAGCUCAUACUGUUUACCAUUCCGCAAUUUCGUUAUUCAGAAAUGUAUUUAGUGCGUCAUGACACUUUUUGGAUCAAGCUGGACUUCCACUUCACAUCUCUUUGACACUACCUGGAAACUGUGAAUGCUUUUUUGAAAAAAAAAAAAAAAAGACAAAGAACAAUCUGUUAAGGCACCUACGCUUGAUAUCAUGCUUCAUAAGGAUAAGGUUAAUGUUCCUUUUACUUUUAUUUUUUAUUUCAUGUUUUUUUUUUUUUUUUUUUUUUUAAUCGAAGGAGUUUGAACAAUCAAAAACACUAAAAAAGUGCUCCAUCAUAUCAUCGGUCCAUCGGGACUGUGUCUCACCAGUUUUCACACUGACCAAGAGGGCUGUCAAAGUUGUACCCCCACCCCGUUCUUUGCUGUGGAGCGAGGCUUGAAUGUCUUGCAGCGUCUUGUCUGUACUACUUAUUCUGUAUGCAUCAACAUUUUUAAAAAUAUCUCUGCUAACUGAAUGUGCGACCUGUUUUUUUUUUUUUUUUAAGCAUCGGCAAUUUUUUUUCUCACCCUUGUCCGUAAAAUGACUGUGUGAAUUCUAAGAAGCAUGAUCACAGAAAAUGGUUCCACCCAUGAUAUACUCCCUUGCCUCCCCCCAACGGGAUGACACUAUGCACUGUGGAGGAAACUGUUGUGAAAAUGUGAAGGAGAUAUGGUGGACAUAAACUGUUGGGAAGCAGAAGAGCAUGGUAUUCUAUCCUUUUUGUAUCUUCUACAUGCUAACAAGCAAAACGAACUACUCCAUGUAGCCUUGUGUGCAUAAGCGCGUGUGAUUAACUGUUGGUUAGGUUGUCAGCAGUGCCAAAAACACCUCUUUUUUUUGGUCACCAUGUCAUUGUGACCAGUGACCGUUAAGUUAUCCUGACAACACGACAUCCUCCUAACCACACCACGUACACACUCCUAACACGUAUGCAACACACACUAGCAACCCCUAUGUAGCAUUGGCUUUUGUCUCCAGCUGACAUGACAUGGCAGGGACGUCAGUCUGUGGGAAAAUAAAAAAAGUAGCGGCCCAAGGCAUCUGUUGGCAUUGUUUUUGCUUGUUUGUUUUCGGAAUGCACUGCAAGUAUGCAUUUCUGCCUUAAAGUUCACAGGAACCAAUAACUGCUUUGGCUUCCUCUUUUCAUACUGAGCAGAAAGAGACGUGUGUAUGCACUGUUUGGCAGCUCUGAGACACUGUAGACCCCCCCUUCUCCCUCUCGCUCUUCCUUUUGUAUAUAACCGUUGAAAGAUUUUUUUUGUUUGUCUGUUUUUUAUACUUAUGAGGCUGGAGCUGGAGUUUUUAUACAGUUAUGUAGUGUUUUGAAAACUGAACAUUGGAAAAGUAAUCCUGUGCAGAAAAUAAAAAACAAACUUGCAAUUUCAUUCUUAGAGCCGGUGCAUGCGCAUAGUUAAUGAAGUUUUUGUAUUUUUUGUAUUUGUUUGCCUCAUUUUUAUCAAUCUGAUGUCUUAAAAUGAAGCUAAGCCUUUAACAUCUUUGUUUUCUUUAAAGUACAAAAAGUAUGGUGUGUUGUAAAGAGAUUUGUAGAUUUUCUUUUUAUUGUGUGAGGAAUUCCUUUUUUUUAUUUGAUAAUUUUAGAACUAAAUUGUUAAGCCUUUUUAAUAAAUGAUUCUCAUCUA